CCUAGAAAGAAUGUGGGCUUGAGCUAUACAAGUGACAAUGUUGGGGUUGUCCUUGCUGUAACAGGUUUUGGCCUGUUGGUAUUUCAACUUUCUCUAUAUCCGGUAAUGAUUAGGAUUUUUGGCCAUAUCGUGUUAGCUCGCAUUGCAGGAGUUUUAUCAGUACCUCUAUUGACAUGUUACCCCUAUUUGACCAUGCUAACUGGAUUCAGCCUCUCACUGUUGUUAAAUUGCGCUUCCAUAGCAAAGAAUAUAUUAUCUAUAACUAUUAUUACUAGCACGUUCAUACUACAGAACAAUGCCGUGGACCAAGACCAAAGAGGAGCAGCAAAUGGCAUAGCUAUGACUGCAAUGUCACUUUUUAAAGCUGUUGGUCCAGCUGCUGGAGGAGCAGUCUUUUCUUGGGCACAACGGCGUCAGGUUGCUGCCUUCCUUCCAGGUGACCAGAUGGUUUUCUUCCUCUUGAAUGUAAUCGAAGUAAUCGGGGUGUUGAUGACAUUCAAACCAUUUCUUGCUCAAUGAUGAAGCUUUACU